GCGCCAGGCCGCGGGGCGGGGUCUCCGCCGAGCGCGGCCAUGGAGCGCGGCCGGCGCGGGGGCCGGCGCGGGGGCCGGCGCGGGACUCGCAGCCUCGAGACUUUCGCGGCGGAGGCGGAGGCCGCGCUGACAGCUUGCCUGGACGGCGAGAGGGCCGCGGAUGGGGGCGCUCGGGAGGCCAAGUUCCCCUGCCCCCUUGCCAUGUGGGAGCUCGGACACUGCGAUCCCAAGAAAUGCACCGGGAGAAAACUAGCCCGGAAGGGGUUGCUGCGAACCCUGCACCUCCGCCAGAGAUUCCCGGGCGUCGUCCUGAGUCCGCUGGCCACGGAGUACGUCUCUCCGGCUGACAGGCGUAUCAUUGCUCAGAGUGGAAUUGCAGUCAUAGAUUGCUCAUGGGCCAAAUUAGAAGAAACUCCCUUUAAGAGAAUGAGGGGGAGUCAUCCGCGGUUGCUGCCUUACUUGGUGGCUGCAAAUCCUGUAAACUACGGUCGGCCAUGCAAGCUGUCCUGUGUGGAAGCUUUUGCUGCAGCGUUUUGCAUUGUUGGAUUCCCAGAUCUAGCCACCAUUCUUCUAAGGAAAUUUAAAUGGGGUAAGGCAUUUCUUGACCUGAACAAAAAUCUCUUGGAAAAAUAUGCAGCCUGUCAUUGCCAGGACGACAUGCUAAUCAUUGAGAAGGACUUCUUAGCCUGUGUCCAAGAAAAAAAAGACGAAGAAGUAGAUCCGUUUGAUGUUGACUUAGAAAAAGAAUAUUCUAAUCCCAACAGGCCAGUCAUAUCCUCAGGUCUAGCACCGAGGAAGGAAGACUCUGAGGACACUGUGAGCAAUUCAGAUGAUGCCAGUGAAAGCACUGAUGAGAGCAAUCCAGAAGAAAUAAAAAUCCCCAACAAUCCCAAAGAAUUGUAACAUCUCGUAUAAAGAAAUUUUCUUGUGAAUACUUGAGUGCGUCUUGUUCACCUGUAACUUGGUGCUUAGCAAACAUCAGUCUCUGUGCAGGUUUGUAGGUAUUUUUAUGCACGAAGGCUCUAGCUUAUUUAAUUUUUAGGUAAGUAUGGAACAUUAAAUUAUUUUGUAAGGAGUUUGAAGCUUAGUUACAAGUUAAAAAAUAACUCAGUAUUCUAAUCAGUGUGUCUGGAAAGAUGUUUAUAGGGGAUUAUUUUUAUCUAAUAGUAUAUUAGGUAAACUUUCUUAACUUGUGGUCUAUAUUUCAACGGGAAAACAAGACUAAGCUAUUGCCCUGUUCAUGGUACCUACCACAGAGGGAGUCUCUUGCCUUAUUGCAGGCUUGAACCUGCCCUAUGUAUUUCAACUACUUCAUCUAUUUAGAAUAAACUGAGCUAAGCCUAAAAGGAAAAAA